GAGGUCAAGGCCCUGUGCGCCAAGGCCCGGGAGAUCCUGGUGGAGGAGAGCAACGUGCAGCGCGUCGACUCGCCCGUCACCGUGUGUGGGGACAUCCACGGGCAGUUCUACGACCUCAAGGAGCUGUUCCGGGUGGGUGGGGAUGUCCCAGAGACCAAUUACCUGUUCAUGGGCGACUUCGUGGACCGCGGCUUCUACAGCGUGGAGACCUUCCUGCUGCUGCUGGCGCUGAAGGUGCGGUACCCGGACCGGAUCACGCUGAUCCGGGGGAACCACGAGUCCCGGCAGAUCACGCAGGUGCGGUACCCGGACCGGAUCACGCUGAUCCGCGGGAACCACGAGUCCCGGCAGAUCACGCAGGUGUACGGCUUCUAUGACGAGUGCCUGCGCAAGUACGGCUCCGUCACCGUGUGGCGCUACUGCACCGAGAUCUUCGACUACCUGAGCCUGUCGGCCAUCAUCGACGGCAAGAUUUUCUGCGUGCACGGCGGCCUCUCGCCGUCCAUCCAGACCCUGGACCAGAUCCGCACCAUCGACCGCAAGCAGGAGGUGCCGCACGACGGGCCCAUGUGUGACCUGCUCUGGUCCGACCCCGAAGACACCACGGGCUGGGGCGUGUCGCCCCGCGGCGCCGGGUACCUGUUCGGCUCGGACGUGGUGGCGCAGUUCAACGCCGCCAACGAGGUCGCCAUGAUCUGCCGCGCCCACCAGCUCGUCAUGGAGGGCUACAAGUGGCACUUCGGAGAGACCGUGCUCACCGUCUGGUCCGCGCCCAAUUACUGCUACCGGUGCGGGAACGUGGCGGCCAUCUUGGAGCUGGACGAGCACCUGCAGAAGGAGUUCAUCAUCUUCGAGGCGGCGCCGCAGGAGACGCGCGGCAUCCCCGCCAAGAAACCCGUGGCCGAUUACUUCCUGUGAGCGCCCGGGUGCUCCCAGGUGUGCCCAGGUGACCUUUGGGUCCCCUCCCCCUCCGCGCGCGUUUUGGGGCCAAAUUUGGGGAAUUUUUUUUUGUGUUUCUGCCCCGUUUCGGCUCCGUUUGGA